UGAGCGGCUCUCAAACUUUAGUGUGGAUCGUGGAAGCGGAGGGAGAGGAGCCCGUGGAGCCGAUAUAAACCAAACCAGCAGCCGCUCUCCUGUCUGUCUUUAUUUUGGUUUGGGUUUUUUCUUCCUUGUCGGAUCGCUGCUCAUUUUUUUAAUGUUGAGCUGAAGUUUCUUGGCUGUGGUGACGGACCUCUUUCUCCUGGAUUCAUCUCUUUUAGUUUCGGACUCUCUGCGUAAAAACUGUUUUUAUUAUCAUUCUGGGGAAUAACGGGACCGCUCCGUCUCUCUCUGAUAUUUUCAUGCCUAUUUCUAAGGAGCACAGACUUAUCCUUUUUCCUAGGUGAGAAUAUUAAGCAUGGAUGACUGUCCGCUGCAGGUGGUGCUUUUCUUAUGUCUGCUGCUGAGUUCCUGCUCCAGCUUUGAGAUCGGCUCCUACGACCUGGACCGGGACAGACCUGCUAAGUGUGAGCCCAUCGUGAUCCCCAUGUGCCAGGGCAUCGGCUACAACCUCACCCGGAUGCCCAACUUCAUGCAGCACGAUGACCAGGAGGAGGCUGCCAUCAAGCUGCUGGAGUUCGCCCCCCUGGUGAGCUACGGCUGCGAUGUGCACCUCCGUUUCUUCCUCUGCUCCCUCUAUGCCCCCAUGUGCACGGAUAAAGUGUCCACCUCCAUCCCGGCCUGCCGGCCCAUGUGUGAGCAGGCCAGGGAGAAGUGUGCCCCCAUCAUGAAGCAGUUCAGCUACACCUGGCCUGAAUCGCUGAACUGCUCCAAGCUGCCCACCAGGAACGACCCGAACGCCCUGUGCAUUGAGGCCCCUGAGAACGAAACCAGGACGGAAGGAAAGAAGGGUGAGGGGAUGCUCCCGGUCCCCCCUAGGCCCCGGCAGCCGGGCACCAGCGGGGCCCACCCUCCGCGCCCGGUGGGUUCCUGUGAGAACCCGGAUAAGUUCCAGUUCGUGGAGAAGAGCCAGUCCUGCGCCCCGCGCUGCUCCCCGGCCGUGGACGUCUACUGGUCCAGGCAGGAUAAGGACUUUGCCUUCAUCUGGGUGACGGUGUGGUCUAUCCUGUGUUUUGUUUCCACUGCUUUCACUGUGCUGACCUUCCUCCUGGAGCCCCACCGCUUCCAGUACCCAGAGAGACCCAUCAUCUUCCUCUCCAUGUGUUACAAUGUCUACUCUGUGGCCUUCAUCAUCCGCUCGGUGGCAGGGUCAGAGAACAUCGCUUGUGAUCGUGAGCACGGAGAGCUGUACAUCAUCCAGGAGGGGCUGGAGUCCACUGGCUGCACCAUAGUCUUUCUCAUCCUGUACUACUUUGGAAUGGCCUCUUCAAUAUGGUGGGUCAUCCUCACCCUCACCUGGUUCCUGGCUGCAGGGAAGAAGUGGGGCCACGAGGCCAUUGAGGCCCACAGCAACUAUUUUCACAUGGCUGCUUGGGGCAUCCCCGCUCUUAAGACUAUCAUCAUCCUCACUAUGAGGAAGGUGGCUGGCGAUGAGCUGACGGGGCUGUGCUACGUGGGCAGCAUGGACCCGGGGGCGCUCACCGGCUUCGUCCUCAUCCCGCUGUCCUGCUACCUGAUCAUCGGCACGUCCUUCAUCCUCACAGGCUUCGUCGCCCUCUUCCACAUCCGUAAAGUCAUGAAGACAGAGGGCACCAACACGGAGAAGCUGGAGAAGCUCAUGGUGAAGAUCGGCAUCUACUCCAUCCUGUACACUGUCCCGGCCACCUGCGUCAUUAUCUGCUACUUCUACGAGAGGCUCAAUAUGGACUACUGGAAGCUGAGGGGGCAGCAGAUGAAAUGCAGCUCCUUUGGGGGGCAAGCCGGCGACUGCUCGCUGCAGACGUCCGUACCCACAGUGGCCGUGUUCAUGCUGAAGAUCUUCAUGUCUUUGGUGGUCGGCAUCACCAGCGGGGUGUGGGUGUGGAGCUCCAAGACCCUGCAGACCUGGCAGGGCCUGUGCAGCAGGAAGCUGGCGGACAGGACUAGUGGGAGGAAGCCCUGCGGCGGCGUGAACUGUGGCAGCACGCACUGCCACUACAAAUCUCCUGCUGUGGUUCUGCACAUGGCCAAGACUGAUCCGCACUCAGACACCCCCACACAUGUCUAACAGGAAACACACACACUUUGUACCCUGAGUGAGGAGGUGCUAAAAGGCUUGAACUCAACUGUGGGGUACUUCACUGCUGCUGCCAAAUGGCACACAGGUAUCUGUAAAACAGUAUUCAGUUAAUGCAUAAAGGGAAAUGUUUGGCAUGUUACCCAUAUUUUCUUGUUCAUACUGUUCUCCAGUUUUGCAAAGCGAUAUAUCAAUAUGUAUACACAUGCUGUUCAAUGAGAGGAUUUUGGGAAAUAUUUGUGUAUUUUCCUCUCUGAGAGUGUCAUGAUUAUUUGUAUAAAUCUGUAAAAAUGGGUUAUUUAUUGUAAAUAUAUUUAAUUUAAAGCCCACGUUGGCUCUCACUAAUGUUUAGUUACAUGGAUUAAAAGUUAAGGGAAAUUAAGUGCCUUUUAUAAGAAAAUUGGUUUGUUGGGGGGGCGAGGUUAAUAAAUCUGAGGAGCUCAUGUUAACCUUCUUGUCCCGGUGAUUAUUGAAACGUUUUAAGGGUUUGAAUGCAAAAACACGUGAUUUUUUUUUCUUUUCCAUCUGUCUCAGAUAUUUGGGCUUUUACUUAUUUAUUUAAUUUAAAAGUGGGGCUCUUUGCACCCGUGUUUGUCUUCCCAGCCCAUCCCAGAGGCAUACCCGUCAAUGAUCCUCAAAGAGAAUGGAUGAUGAAUGGAGUGACAAACCGUGGCAGGCAUUAACGUUUGCGUCAUCGGCUUUAAAAAAUGCAGCAGCACUUCGAGGAGGAAUAUAUUUAAUUAAUGGCUGUUUUAAUCCUUUUCCUCGGAGUCAGUGUUGUUGCCCUCCCUCUCCCUCGCUCGCUCUCUGUGCUCCAUUUGAUCAUCGUUCAAAACACUCGGCACUUUGAUCUGAGGGCACAAAUCUAAAGUGGAUUUCGGACUCAUUGCAUGGUUUCACUGACAGAUUUAAGUUUAGCACAGCCUCUCAAAGCUGAAGCAGCUCAUUGAACUGAUGGACUAUUAAGUGAACUUUCGGUUUCAACGCAGGCUUGCGGUUCCAGGAAUAUCUGACACGGAUUAGCGGCAUUGCACUUUUACGAAACAUUUUGUUUGGCGAGAACAAUUCACCUUUAUGCCUGCAGAAAUGACUGCAACUUAUAAAUAAUGACUGACUGAUCCAGAGAUGGAGAAUGUCAAACAUUAUUUUCAUUAAGUAAGGGCUCUAAGUAGGUUCUAGCCACUGGUUUUUCUCUAAUAAAGUCGGUUUUAUAAAGCAUGAGAGCCCCCAUGUCCUCAGAUGGUCCAUAAAAGAGGGAAAAUAAAUAGCUUUUACAUUAGGAGGCAGCAGGACUGUGUUGCCAACACAAAUUGCAACCCCACGCACCAGGUUGUUUUACUGUUUAUGAUGCCGGCCAGUGAUUGCCUGCUUUGUCACCACCUCCCAGCAAGCAGCAACAUCAUGGCAGUCAGUUUGGAAAAAGAAGCUGCACUGUGACCCAGGAGCGUGUUUUUGUUGGGUUACUGGUUUGUCAGCAGGGGGUGAAGGAGGCCUGUGCUCGCUGACAUCUGCAGAGGUUGACAGGUUGUUUGCUUUAACUUUUUUUUUUUUUUUGAUUUUUUACAUCAGGUCUCUCAGAUCUUGUAGAGCAUGCAUGCAAAAGCACAAAGGAUUGCUCAGAUAUGUUGUCAGCAGUGCAGAAAGUAUUCAUAUAUAAGUUUCAUAGAUUACAUCAAAACAUCCCGUUACUCUUAGCAACUCAAAAAAAAAAAACGAUUCAUGUGAAACCCUAGCUGCUUUUUUUAUAUAUUUCUUUUUUAGUUAUGGUAGAAGUUUGAUGCCAAAAAAGCAUGUAAGCCAUUUGUUUAAUCUUUAGCAGCGAGGUUGAAAUGUAAAAGUUUGCCUUUCACUGUGUGACAGUUUGAUCUCAAAGGUUGCUAAAGGGGAAAGCUGUCAAAUAAAGAUAGCAGAGGAUAAAGGGCAAUCUUUCUCCCCGAAGUGAAGUGGAAUUGAAAUAUAACUCUUUUCCACAUUUUGUCACUUCACAGCCACACUCUUAUAGAAAAUCAGAAUUUUUAUAGAGAGGAAAUAUACUUUUUAUUUCAAGCUUCCUCCAAAGACAACUGCAAUGUUUGGAGUUUGCUCACUUUGAGCCCCUUGUAGUUUUAUUUUAUUUCUGUUUAAAUCAGUCUGAAUGACUCAGUUAUUGAACGAACAUGCAUCAGAAAAAUCUAAAUAAACAUAGCAGAGGGGUCAGGGCAGGUUAUUAUUAUUAUUUUUAGCCGAGUCAGG